AUGGACAACCCUGCCCGCGCCCGUCAGCGUGGUGUCCGCAACGCUCGCCAGGCUCCCGCCGCCGCGCACCGUAACGACCGGCCCAGGCCUCGUCCCCACGCUCAGCGCGACAACCACGGCGCUCGCCAUCCUCCCGAGAACCUCGACCAUGUCGGCGACCACCACGGUGUGCUGUUUGCCGCUGACAUCUGCGAAGCGGUCCUGAUCGCCCGCGACAUGGUGUCUCUCGUCCUUGCCACCGUCUUCGAGCUGCUGGCCAAGAUCCUCCUGGGCUUCCUGGUUCUUUGCGCGAACCUGAUCUUCACUCCGGACCAUGGAUGGGGCAACUGUGCUCGUCACGUUUCGAUCUACAUCAUCUCUCUGUGCGGCAGCACCGGAGUUCUGCUGAACAUGAGCGGCUUUCGUUGGUGGAUCAUGCUCGUCACAGUUCUACACUGUGUCCUGCGUCUCUCCAUUGUAUUCGCUACUCUCACCCUCAACGACCUUGAGUGGGCGCACGGGCCCCUCGGCUGUCUGUUCCGCGUGCUGCUUCUCGACCUUGUUUGGCGAGUCGUCUGCUCCCUCCUCCAGCUCGCCGGCAUCACGCACGCGGUUUGCUUCCACAUCCCCGAGGGUGUCUUGGCUAUGAUCUCCCUGCUUCUCUCCUUUAUCAACAUCGCUCUCGCUCUCUAUCCCGCCGUCACGAGGUCCGUCGUCACGACUGCUCGAGAGGUCAUCGAUGCGGUGUGCUGCAUCAGGUGCUACCUGGUCGCCGCGCUCUCUUCGGUCAUCAGCACCGCUGCCUACCUGCUCAGGGGGAUGGUCGGCCUUAGCUUGCUUGUGUAUCACCGCCUGACCGACCAGUUCGUGUGGCAUGAGGAGGAGCUGCGCCGCAUCGAGCGUCUCUUGUACGAGAUGGACCAACACGGCACUCAGCUCGCGCAGGAGGAGGCCGAGCACGCUCAACCCGCUCAACCCGCCCAGUCCGAGGAGACCGAUCUCGCCUGGGGAUGGAUCCUCAUUCCGGGUGUAGACGGGGAGCGCGAGUCGGCCCGCUUUAGGUUCCCGUAUCCGAUUCCGCAGUCGCAGGAUGCAGCUGCGCAUCACCCGUUCGUCGACCGACAAGCGGAUAGGGCCUCGCCCAGGCCAGGACAUGCUCCGCCGUUCGCACCCCUUGCACUCCCAGCAACCCCACAGACUCGAGCGGUCUGUCCAUCACGAGACUCUCCACCCCAACCUCUUGGUCGUCCGUCAAAUCUGCGCUCUCCAACUCCCUCAUCCAAUCGCUCCUCCAUGAACUUCCUCGUGGCGCUCGUCAUCCCUGUCGUGCUCGGCUGGUUGUUGAUGCUGCUGGUUUUGGGGCCCCUCCACUGGGGUCUCCGCCAGCUCAUCAGGAUCGUCUUGCUCCGCAUCAAGCUGGCUGUCAUUCUGGCCAUUCGGCCCAUCGAGGCGGCCCUUUACAAUCGCCUAGGAGGCAAGUUGCCUCGUCAAUUCCACGCUCACCCUAGAUCCAGAGAACUGGACUGCUUGGAACAUCUGGGGGGUUUUCCUUGCUCCAAGGCUGGUCGCGGGACUGAACAAGCUUGGCGAAGUUGGGCAACCAAGUCGGUCGUGAUUAGCAUCGAGACUGUUGCUUAUGUCGUCUUGAUCUGCCUCGCUCUCAGUUUCAGCAUUGAUGAGCUACACAGGGUGCGCCAGGAGUUGUUCGGCGGUGGCCAAGGGCUUCUCUUGCCCCAGCCACAUGGCGUCGUCGUCUUAGUCCGUCCUUCAGCGAACGCAUUGUCAUUCCUCUUCCUCUCUUCAUCCCAAUUCCCACUCGCCACCGCGACAUCUUCGACCCUCAACCAAUCUUUCAGCCCCGCAUCCACCGGCAAGACAUUCAGCAGCACCAAGAUGGCCAACAAGCUCGCUAAUACAAUCCUCUCCGCGCUGUUCAACGGCCUCAAGACCUUUUUCGCCCCCAUGUGGGAGCAUGUUGUGAUGUUCCACAUCGGCGCGAUCCUUCUGGGCCUGCUCUUCCAGUGGGCGCUCGGCGCCGACUACAUCGUCCUCUACCCUGACCACCGUCAGGAUCAGAUCUACGAGGCCAUGGACUUUGUUCCCAUCAUCUUCAUUCUGCAGGCCCUCAUUGUCGUCAGCAUCAAGUACUGCCUGGCGUAUCGCAAGAAGCGCACUGCCAUCAAGCUCAUCGAGGACGUCGAGGCCGCUCCUGGCCGCAUGUCCUGCAGCACCAAGCCCUCCGUCAUGAACGCCAUCGUCGCUCACACCAUGGACCUCGCCAAGCGCUUCGCCAACCCCGCCCUCCUCGCCCGCGUCAUCCGCCUUGAGCGCGACAACCUGAACGCUCUCUACCAGAACGAGUACCACCAGGAGCAGCAGAGCACCGAGGACCAGCUCGCCAGGGCCGAGAUGCAGUUGCGCAUUGCGGACCAGGUCGCCCUCGUUGCGCAGCUGCUCAACAUCGAGUCCGCCACCCAGGAGGCCGCCACGGAGCUUGGGGCUGAGGAGCGUGAGCAGCGUCGCGCCGCGCGCCGCGAGCGCCGCGAGCGCCGUCGCCUCGAGCUGCAGGAGCUGUACGACUCGUGCACCAACUGCCGCGCCGCCAUCGAUGCUGGUGCCAGGAACCGCCGCGAGAUCCGCCAGUGGAUCCGCGCCCGCAAGGCGAACCCCGAGACCGAGCCCCUCCUCCCUCGCGACUAA